AUGUCGAAAUUAACAGAUGGAAAUUCUCUUCUCAAGUAUUUAGGAUUCUCAAGUGAGUCAGAUAGUGGUGAAGAUCCAUUUCAAGUUAACGUAAGACCUAAAUAUGCAGGUGUUUCAGAAGAAUUUUCAAAACCAAAAGAAGUAAUUCCAGAAUUACUUCAACCAAGAGGCGUUUGGAGGAAAAAAUCAAAACAUGUAGAACUUGAACUGCCAAAAGGCCAUAUUGGAAAUGAAAAUGGCUUUACCACAACUCAGAUUUGCACAGAUUUUCAACAAUCACUUAUGAAAUAUGAACAAAAUGCACAUGUUCAAUCAAGAUACAGAACAAAUACCGCAUUCGAAGCAGAAAAUUCUAAAGAAAGAAUCGUAAUUUUGAAAAACCAAAUUAAAAACUUUAGUAGGCGUCUAGAGAAUGAGCAAACAUUAAGAAAAGUCAUAGAUAGGAUGGACGCAAAUAAUUUCGACUACAAUUCAGCAAUAAAAAUAUGUAUUAUCCUUUCUCAAGAUCCGACAAUCAUAAAUCAAGAAGAAACAAAGAAAUUGAAGUUUUCAAGUAAAAAAUCAGAAAUAGAUCCGAAAUCUAUUGCAUUUACUGUUGUUAGUCAUUAUACAAAGAAAUUAUUAAAAGAUAUCAAGAAUAUCCACCAAGAAGAAUGGAAACAAGCCAAGGAAUGGAUACUAUCUGUUUCCCAGGCAUUAAACAAGCAAGGAUUAUGGGAAGAUUUUCUAACACAAAAGAUUUUUCCUCAUUUUGAAAUUUUAAUCAAUAAAGGAGAGAAACACGAAGAAAUUACUAACUUUAUCAAACGUAUAUACAAGUUAGGUAUACUUUCUGUUCAAAAUGUCAUACUUUUCUUCUCAGAGUCCGCUCGACCAUAUUUAAUUCGCAAUUUAAGUAAAAUGACAUCACAAGACACAAUGUUAUGGGUAGAUCUUGCAGCAUCUAUAGGAAUUCCUGACCAUUUCUCAAAUAUUGUUAAAGAACACGCUUCAUAUCUUUUGAAAAAGUGGAAACCAGGGGAUAACACCGCUUCCACCCUUAUUUCUCACUGGCCACAUGUUCUUGGAUCAUCACUGGACUUCUUUUAUAAGACAAUUUCCCCUAAAUUAAUUCCUUUUCUUGAAGAAGGGAAAAUCGAAGUCCUUACGCCAUGGAUUCCUGUAUUUCCUGAGAAUUUGACCACAUCUCUUGUUGCUGAUUGCUUUAUUCGAAGCGAAGGAAAGAAAAUUUUGAAAAAUCAAAAUCCGAAAUCAGCUGCUCAACAAUAUUUGGCUCUCAAAAGCAAAAUUCCCAAGGAAAUCAAGAAUAACCAGAAGAUAUUAGAGUCAUUACUUAUAAUUCUUGAUAAUCUAAAAAUGAGAAACCAUAUUACUUCAGGAAUUAAACUCCGCGAUAUCAAACAGGUAACAGCAGAAGAUUUAUUGAAGAAUAUCGCUGCUCAGAAUGGCAAAACUUUCAAAAGAGUUGAUAAAGGAAGUUCAACACCAACAUUUGAAAUUAAUGAUAUUACUAUUGUCUUGAAAAGUGGUGUUUUGCAUGUCCUUAAUCCAUCAACAAAUAAUCUUGAUCCAAUUUUCGUUUCUGACUUAAUUUCGCUUAUUCAAAAAUAA